CUUUCUUCCAUACAAUCAUGAUCAUUCUUGGAUCUAAAUCCCCAAUCAUUGGCUAAACUGACUUUACGCUCCUCCCCCUCCCGCAUCAUGCUCCAACUCCCCAUUGAACUCCAACGCCAGUGUGUCCAGUUCGUCGACCCCGAAUUCCUCAAAUCUCUCCGCUUCGUCUCCAAGGACGCCCUUCCAAUAGCAACGGAAGCACUCUUUAGUACCAUCGUUCUUCAACCAAGCGACGAGAGUGCAGCGAAAUAUACGCAUAUUCUCGAAUCAGAAAAGUUGAACCCGCUCGUCAGAACCGUCAUCUUCAACACGGACGACGACCCCGAUGCCGAUCCAGAUUGGGCUUCAAACGAAGAAAAGGAGCCGCUAGAAUCAUUCCUGGACGCUUUACGCGCCGUCUUCAAGUUUCCGAAUCUAAGAAAGGUGGAGUUGAAGUUCGCAAGGGAGUGUGCCGCGCCCGCUGUUGGCCGUUAUAAUGCAUGGGAUAAAGAAGUCGCGGAGACGCAGUCGUUUCGCACCGACGUACUUGAGGCAUUUUUCGAAGGCUUAAAUAAUCUCGAGAAACCUGCGGUUAGCGUGGAUAGCCUAACGGUCAAGAAUCUGCAAGAUUGGACUCUUGAAGAGAUAUACGAGUCUGAAGAUUUCAAGGCCGUGAGGAGCAGGCUGAAGAAACUGGCUCUGCAGAUCACCACUGAGACCGAAGAUGCAGCACCGGAGACCAGCAUUUUGCUGCAGGGAUGCCAUCGGGGAUUUACCAGUGAUCUGCCUGCGCAGUGGCUCGGACCGCUGCAGCCUCAGCUAACGCAUCUGACUCUCUACGGCACGCAUUGUUUCUGGGGCAUCUUCCCCUUCUGCGACCUCCGCGGUAUUCACUUCCCUAAGCUAAAGUCCUUGGUGCUGGGCAAUUUUACGAUUGCAUACGACUGGCAGAUCGACUGGAUCCUCUCGCAUGGCGCAACGCUCGAGGAACUCAUUCUGGAUGACUGCCCCAUUGUCAUCGCCCUGCGCUUGGAAGAGUCGCAAAAACUCCCCAACUUCCCUUCUCUCGACCCUUUCCCUCUAACUGCCUUCGCGCGUGCCAUCUAUCUCAAAAACAUCGACCUUUGCUGGCACCACGUGCUGCUUCGCUGGCACCAUGUGCUGCCUCGCUUCGCAUCCGGCCUUCCGCACCUGCGGCACUUCGCGCUGGGCCAGGGCAACUGGGCGGAGCAGGAAAUGUUUGAGCAGAGGUAUGAUUUAGUCUCUGAGAUUCGUGAAAGUCGGUAUUACAUGUUUGAUUGUGGGGUUGGGCCGACGCAGUGGAUUGCGGGAGGGAGGAGAGGAGCGGAAUAUGGGUUUCAAAUGAGUGGCGUUGGGGGUCAGAAGACUAUUGCGGCAUUUCCAGAUUGCGAGGCUGAGGAUGUGGAUGCGUUGUGCAACUUGUUGGAGGAGGUAGGAUGGAGGUUAGCAUCCCUGGACUGAAG